GUUUUCCUGACAGCUCCGCUUUCUGAGUCGCAAAGUGACAGAUUUGUUGAUCCAAACUUGAAUCAGUGUCUUUUUUAUCGUUAGAUGUGGAGUGAAAAGACGAUGUUUAGCUAUGGAUGAUCUGAGGGUGGAAUGGAUCAGGGAUCAGGUUUUUCUGGCCUUAGAUUUACAUAAACACGAAGUUUUCAACGAAUUUCUCGAUCGGGAUGAGCAAAUAGUAGAAAGUCAAUUAGCAGAGUACCUGAAUGAAACACCAAAAGAUGGAAAAACUUCUCUUAUUUUCUAUAAAAUCUCAAGAAUUGAAGAUCAGUUGAUCGAAAUAGAAAGUGAAUAUACUGUUCACUCUACUGAUGAAAUAAAAGUUGAUACUGAAGGGUUGGAAAAUAGCAUUGGUGAUCCUGAUGAACAACUAUUAGCAGAAUUGGAAAAAGAGGACAAAAGUGAAGAAUCAACCAGUAAAAUGGAUAUUCAUGGUGCAGAAUAUCUGGAGGAAGAAACAAAAUCUCAGUCAAAAACAUUCAUCCAGAAAGUUGAAAAAGAUUACCUUUAUAUGAGUUUUGAGUAUCUUCCUGAAGAAUUCUCUUCCUGUAAUUGCAUAUAUUUUGUGCGUACAACAACUGGUGUUAUACCAAUGCCACAGACUCAUGAAGAAUUGGGAGAAUUAUCUUUUUAUUUUGAGUAUGGCCUUUUAAACCAACACUUGCUGAUUGGUUUGGAACAAGUAGCAUUACAUGUUUACCAGCCUCUGCUGUCUUUCUUUAUUCACAAAAAUACUGAUGUCUCUGAUGAAAUCAUAGUUUCUGCAACUCCUCCAGAACCUACUUUUAAGUCACUCAACACUGACAACAUCGAUACAUCUUCCUUCUCAAUUAUAAAAGAUGAAUGUCUCAUAGCUAUGAAAAAAUUUACUUCUAGUAUUACUCGGACUAUUCAUCAAAUUGAGGGUGAAGUACGACUUGAAAUACACGAAUCAUUUAAUAAUUAUGAUUUGCUUUCUGAUCCCUCAGAACUACUGAAAGAUGUUGAAUUUUGUGAGCUAUUAAGGAUGACUUGUACUGACUGGAUGACACGGAUCAUUGAAGCACUGGAAAUCCAGCUAAAGAAAGAACCACAAGGUAAUGGGCCUCUGAUGGAGAUUGAUUAUUGGAAAGAAAGGAAUGCUGCCUUAAGUGCACUGGUUGAGCAACUUCGUUCAGGAACAGUGCGCCAGGUCUUGGAUAUUUUUAAUUCCAUUGACAACACCUUUGAAGAAAUGCUGUUGGAUUUACAUAAAUAUCAUAUUGAAGCAAAGGAUAAUGUUCGUUUCCUAUCAACCCUAGAACGUCAUUUCAAAAAUAUUUCUCAUGGUGUUAGUUUCCAGGUUGUCACAGAAACAAUUCCAUCCAUGAUGAAUGCCCUGAGAAUGGUGUGGAUUAUUUCAAGACAUUACAACAAAGAUGAGAGGAUGGUGCCUCUGAUGGAGAGAAUAGCCUGGGAGUUAACUGAGAGAGUUAUUCAAGUAAUUAAUGUCCGCAAGUUGUUUGAAUCCAACCUUGAUGAGGUAAAGAAAAAGACUUCUGGUGCUAAAAGAAUGUUAACCACUUGGAAAGAAUCCUACUUUGAAAGACGUGCUAAAAUUGAAGCUUCCGGGCGAGAUCAGCGGUGGGAAUUUGAUAGGAAAAGAUUGUUUGAAGCUACAGACUAUAUGGCCACUAUAAAUCAAGAUCUUUAUGAUGUUGCUCAGGUCAUGGAAGAGUUCUAUAACAUUUUUGGAUCAGAACUGAAAGCUGUUACAGGAGAUCCUAAGAAAAUUGAAGAUGUUAUUCAAAGAGUUAAAGGUUUAAUUAAGCCCCUCAGUAUAGUAAGCUUUGAUCCAUUUUCCUUGACAAACAAAUAUUUAUGGAAAACACUGAUGGAUAAUUUCCAGAAAGAAGUAUUGUCAAUUGAACAAGAAGCUGCUGGCUUUAUUGACAAAUCAUUCAAAAACUUACGAUCAGCAGAGGGAGCUUUUGAUAUGUUGCUUAAAUUUCAACACAUUCGUUCCAGAGAAUCUAUUAAUAAACAACUGAUGCAGAAGUUUACAGAGAUCUUAGAACAGUAUAAAAAAGAAGUUGUAUUUGUGGAAGAUGAAUUUAUCAAAAACCGGAAAAAUCCCAUUCUAUUCAAGAUGAUGCCACCAUGUGCUGGCCGCAUUUACUGGGAACGAUCACUAUUUUAUAAAAUAAAACAUACCAUUAUUUCUUUCCUUACAUUUGAAGAGAUGAUGGGAACUGAAACUGGUAAGAAGGCUCGGGAGAAAUACCUUAAUGUUGGUCGUCUCAUGAAAUGCUAUGAAGUCAACAUUUACAACUCAUGGAGGUUUGAUGUUGAAAAUAAGCUGCCCAACUUACUAAAACGAAAUCUGCUGACCAGGGUAUCUGUGAAUGAUAGCCAUCAAGACGGCUCUACAUCAGUGGAUCAAUGUUCAUCAACAACAGGAAUUAAUUCAGUAAAUGAUUUUAAAUUUAUUGUGGAUUUUGACUCAAUGCUACUUGAAAUUAUCUCUGAAACUAAAUACAUGGAGCAGCUUGGGUUUCCUGUCCCUGAAUUGGCUCGGAAUGUUGCAUUGCAGGAAGAAAAGUACAUAUGUUAUACUGAAAGCUUAAACAACAUGCUGAAGCAUUAUUAUGAUAUACUUGGUACAUUAAAUUUUGCUGAGGCAAGCAUUCUUGAAGAACAUUUGAAUGAACUGCAGAACAUCAUAUAUGCUGGAUCCAAACGACUCAACUGGAAUUCUCUUAGUAUUGGAGACUUCACUGUACGAUGUGAAUCUAGCUUGACAAAGUUUGAGUCUUUGGUUAACCAGAUACAAAAGAAUGCACGUGAUAUUUGUCAGCGUUUAAUGGUUAUUGAGAAUGUUAACUUGUUUAAGACUCCAAUGACAAAUCAAUUUGAAACACUACCAACUUGUAAGGAAUAUUUUGAAUAUAUUGGGAAAGAAACAAAUAAAGAUUUAGAAGUGUUAGUUCGCAAAUACAAAGCCAUUGGGCCUUUGAUAACCAAGAUAGAAGGAAUGCUGGUCCAAAGUAACACUGGUAAAUCUCCCAAACUACAUCAGUAUUAUAAAUACUGGGAGAGAAAAGUCUAUGAAUCAUUAUUAAAGAUGAUCACCAAUAAUCUGAAAUAUUUCAACUUUUUGGUUACCUCACCAAAGCCUUUGUUCUACAUUGAAGCCCUUCUUGCAGCACCAGAGGUCAUUCUUCAUCCUUCUGCCAAUGAUAUUUUCAACAUGACCAUGCAAGCUUUUAGAGACUGCAUUAAUGGAACUAAGAAAUUUGUUCGGUGGAUGCAUGGUACUGUGUUGUUCUGCCCACCAGUUACCAUACCAGGAGAAAAUGAGCCAUAUAUAUUCUCAUUUUAUUACGAUAUUGUUGGACAUAUGUCUGUUUUAGAAAUGAAAGACGUUAUUGAAAAUAAUAUAAAGAGAACUCUUACAGCAAUCCAGAAUAACCUCUUAAGAUGGAAGAAAUUCAGAUCUAUCUUGGUGGUUGAUAAGCAACUGAGUGCAAACAAAUGGUUUCUCAGCAAACCCACAUUGAUUGAUUUUGAUAAUAAACUCCAGCAUUACUAUCUAUGCAUUGAAGAAAUACGCAAACAAGCUGUAAUCCGAGACCAAGACUUUAUUCAGAUGUCCAUAAGACCUCUAGCUUCUGCUAUUGAACAGCAUGCUCUAAACUGGAUCCAUAUCAUUGGGAAGCUGCUGUAUGACUCUGCGCGUGAAAAUCUCUUCUCUCUCAGUGAUCUCUUUGAGACAAAGGACAAAGAACUGGACCAUCCCCCUGAUACACUAGAUGACCUGAAAUUUGUUCUAAUGACCAUCAACUCAAUUCGACUGAUGUCAAUUGAUGUGGAAAUUAAAGCAUGUUUAAUUCAGGAACAGUAUCGCACCUUGGAGUUACAUAAUAUCGAGAUUACUGAUGAAGAAAAGAAAUCAGUUUCAGAAAUAUUUGUCCUCUGGGAUGAUCUCACACAGAAAGCUAAGAAUGUUGAAUUUAGCCUGAGAAUUGUGAAAAAAAAAUUCACCGAGAUAACACAAAACCAAAUUACAGACUUCAGUGAUAGACUAAAAGAAUUUUAUGAAAGAUUCGGAACUGAAGGACCUGGUACUGUUGGUGCAGACUUGGACAAAGGUGUGGAUUUGAUGAAGGACUACAUAAAAGAAAUGAAUAAAUUUGAAGCUGAAAGACAAGAAUUAGCAAAUGCUGAGAAACUAUUUGAUCUUCCAAUUACAAUGUACAGUGAUUUAUUGUCUGUGCAAAAGGAAAUGGUCAGUUUAGAAGCCUUGUUUAAAAUUCAUACUAAUCAGAAGGAAGCCAGAGAAGAAUGGUCAAAUACCUUAUGGGCCAAUCUGAAUAUUCAGCUUCUUCAAACAGGGAUUGAAAAUUUUAUUAAAGCAUUCCGGAAACUUUCUAAAGAAGCAAAAGCUAUGCCAGUUGGCAAAUCAGUUGAAGAACGAAUGAAAGAGUUUCGGGAUUCUUUACCAUUGUUUGUAGAUUUAAAAAAUGAAGCUUUGCGAGAGAGACAUUGGAAAAAGCUUAUGGAAAAUACUGGUCAAGUAUUUGAGAUGGACCCAGACACAUUCACACUAGAAAAAAUAUUUGCUAUGGAACUGCAUCGUUUUCAUGAUUGUAUACAGCAAAUUGUUAGCAGUGCAGUUAAAGAAAUGGCUAUAGAAAAGGGUGUGAAAGAAGUUGAGGACAUGUGGUCAAAAAUGCUGUUUACUGUGGUGCCCUAUAUGAAAGGGACUUCAAACAGGGGUUAUAUUCUUGGCAGUGUAGAUGAUAUCUUGCAAGCACUCGAUGAUACUUCCAUGAAUUUGCAGAGUAUGUCAACGUCUCGAUUUAUUGGGCCAUUUCUAAUGAUUGUCCAGAGGUGGGAAAAAAGUUUAUCGUUAAUUGCUGAAGUACUUGAUCUUUGGAUGUUGGUUCAACGUAAAUGGAUGUAUCUUGAAGGUAUUUUUAUUGGUGGUGACAUUCGUGCCCAGUUACCUGAAGAAGCCAAGAAAUUUGAUCAAAUUCAUAAGACAUUUAAAAAGAUUAUGACUGAGACAUACAAGAAUCCUAACAUCAAAGACUCAUGUCAUGCACCCAAUCGUGCACAAGAUUUGGAGAUGUUAAGCCUGGGACUUGAGAAAUGUCAGAAAUCUCUGAAUGAUUAUUUAGACUCAAAGAGAAACUCUUUUCCACGGUUCUUUUUUAUAUCUGAUGAUGAACUGCUGAGUAUACUUGGUAGCAGUGAACCAACAUGUGUCCAGGAACAUAUUAUUAAGAUGUUUGACAACAUUGCUUCCCUUCGAUUUGAAAUUGGAUCCAAUGGUGAAACAUUAGCUACAGCAAUGAUAUCAGGUGAGAAGGAGAUAAUGGAUUUCCGUCACCAUAUUAUGGCUGAGGGACGAGUUGAAGAUUGGAUGACCAAUGUACUUAAUGAAAUGAGAUCAACAAAUCGUGUGAUUACCAAAGAAGCAAUAUAUUAUUACUGUGCUAAUAAUAAAACACGAGUCCAGUGCAUGUUUGACUAUUUGGGAAUGGUGUGUCUUGCUUGUAACCAAGUUUGGUGGACAUGGCAAGUAGAAGAUGUUUACAAUAAAAUCAAGAAAGGUACAAAGACGGCUAUGAAGGACUAUGCUAAAAAACUGCAUGGUCAAAUUGAUGACAUCGUUGUGCAGAUUCGCUCACCACUCAACAGAAAUGAUCGUGCAAAAUUCAAUACAAUCCUCAUCAUUGAUGUUCAUGCUAGAGACAUCAUUGACAGCUUUGUUCGUGACAGUAUUAUUGAUGCUCGAGAAUUUGAAUGGGAGAGUCAGCUAAGAUUCUAUUGGAUACGCGAACCGGAUGAGCUUGUUGUCCGACAAUGCACUGGUGAGUUUGGUUAUGGUUAUGAAUAUAUGGGCCUUAAUGGACGUUUGGUUAUCACUCCAUUAACUGACAGGAUCUAUCUUACUCUAACACAGGCUUUAUCAAUGCAAUUGGGAGGAGCUCCUGCUGGCCCUGCAGGAACUGGUAAAACAGAAACAACCAAAGACCUUGCCAAAGCACUGGGUCUUCUCUGUGUCGUAACCAACUGUGGUGAAGGGAUGGACUUUAAGGCUGUUGGCAAAAUCUUGUCAGGACUUGCCCAAUCUGGAGCUUGGGGUUGCUUUGAUGAAUUUAACCGAAUUGAAGCUUCUGUGCUCUCUGUUAUUUCAACCCAAAUGAAAACCAUUCAGAAUGCCCUGAUCCUAAAACUGAAGAAAUUCCAUUUUGAAGGACAAGAAAUUAGCCUUGAUCCCAGAGUUGGCAUUUUCAUCACUAUGAACCCUGGAUAUGCUGGACGUACUGAACUUCCUGAAUCAGUGAAGGCAUUAUUUCGUCCUGUUGUUGUUAUUGUUCCUGAUCUGCAGCAAAUAUGUGAGAUUAUGCUUUUCUCUGAAGGAUUUCUAAUGGCUAAGAUAUUGGCUAAGAAAAUGACAGUCCUGUAUAAACUGGCCAAAGAACAGCUCUCUAAGCAGUAUCAUUAUGAUUUUGGGUUGAGAGCUCUAAAAUCAGUUUUAGUUAUGGCUGGUGAGCUGAAACGACAGUCUUCUGAUCUUCCUGAAGAUGUUGUUUUGAUGAGAGCCCUCAGAGAUAUGAAUUUGCCAAAAUUUGUUUUUGAAGAUGUUCCUCUUUUCUUGGGUUUGAUUUCUGACUUGUUCCCAGGUUUGGACUGUCCUCGUGUUGGCUAUCCUGAUUUCAACGGUGCAGUUGAAGAAGUUCUUUCAGAGAAGAAUUUUAUUGUUAUACCCCAGCAGGUUGAUAAAGUUGUUCAGCUUUAUGAAACUAUGAUGACUCGGCAUACCACAAUGGUUGUAGGACCAACUGGUGGUGGAAAAUCUGUUGUUAUCAAAGCAUUGGUUAAUGCACAAACAAGACUUGGCUUGCCUACAAAACUUUUUAUAAUAAACCCCAAGGAUCGCAGUGUUAUUGAUCUAUAUGGUAUUUUGGACCCCAGCACACGUGAUUGGACCGAUGGAUUGUUGUCAAAUAUUUUCAGAGACAUCAAUAAAGUUUCAGAAAAAAAAGAACGAAAAUACAUCUUGUUUGAUGGAGAUGUUGAUGCAUUGUGGGUAGAAAAUAUGAACUCUGUAAUGGAUGACAACCGUUUGCUUACGCUGGCUAAUGGAGAACGUAUACGUCUACAGAAACAAUGUGCACUCCUUUUUGAAGUAUAUGACUUACAGUAUGCUUCCCCGGCCACUGUUUCUCGCUGUGGGAUGGUUUAUGUUGACCCGAAAAACUUAGGCUAUCAACCCUUUUGGGAUAGAUGGCUGAAUGCUCAGACCAAUAAGUUUAUGAGAGAUGAGUUCAGGCAGCUUUAUGUAAAAUAUGUUAAUGCUUGUAUUGAGCUAGUCAUUGAAGGACUAUCAAGUGGAAAACCUGUGGAAAGACUGAAAACUAUCCUUCCUCAGACAAAUCUUAAUAUGGUCAAACAAUUGACGAAAUUGCUUGAUGCUCUCAUAACUGAGGAAGUACUUAAUACUGAUGUUUUGGAAGCUUACUUUUUGUUAGCAUUGUAUUGGUCACUUGGUGCUUGCGUUAUUGAUGAUCACAGACCAAGGUUUGAUGAUUUUGUAAAAGGUGUUGCUUCUUUACCAUGUUCUUCAAACGGUGAUUCGGCAGAAGCAGGAGAAAUCCCAGAGUCAGAAAGUACUUUAUAUGAAUAUUUCUUUGAUCCUGAGAAACGAAAAUGGAUCCCUUGGUCCAAGAAAGUACCCCAGUACAUUCAUAACCCAAUGGUAAAAUUUAGGGAAAUAUUGGUGCCUACUGUUGAUACUGUCCGCUGUACUUGGUUGCUUCAGCUGAUGGUGGAUAUCAAACAACCAGUAGUUCUUGUUGGAGAGACAGGUACAUCAAAAACUGCAAGCAUAUCAAACUUUCUGAGGUCCCUAGAUACUGACACCCACUUGUUGCUAAAUAUGAACUUCUCUAGUCGCACCACAUCCCUUGAUGUACAAAGGAACCUGGAAGCAAAUGUGGAAAAACGGACUAAGGAUACAUAUGGCCCUCCUCCAGGCAAACGACUCUUGAUUUUCAUUGAUGAUAUGAACAUGCCACAAGUAGAUACCUAUGGUACACAGCAACCCAUAGCUCUGUUAAAGCUUCUCCUUGAAAAAGGAGGAGUGUAUGACAGAGGAAAAGAUUUGAACUGGAAACAGAUGAAAGAUAUUGGAUAUAUUGCUGCUAUGGGUAAAGCUGGAGGUGGACGCAAUGAAACUGACCCUCGAUUUGUGUCUUUAUUCACUUCUUUUAAUAUGACUUUCCCGUCUGAAGAAUCAUUGUAUGGGAUAUAUAACUCAAUCUUAAAGGGUCAUGUGAAGCCAUUCUCUCCAGAGAUACAUGAAGCUUCAGUUCCUGUAACAAAGAUGACAUUGGCUUUGUACAAAUUUGUUGUCCAAGAAUUACCUCCAACACCUUCAAAAUUUCACUAUAUUUUUAAUUUACGAGAUUUGUCAAGAGUUUAUAAUGGUCUGUGUCGAACAAUGCCAGAACGCUUUUCUGAAACUCAACAAUUUCUGCGGGUGUGGAGAAAUGAAUGUUUACGAGUUUUUGCUGAUCGUUUGACCAAUGAAAAAGACAAAAGUCUUGUACAAGAACAUAUACGACAACUUAUUACUGUGGAUUAUAAAAAAUAUCAUGACUACGUAAUGAGAGAUCCAAUUCUAUUUGGUGACUAUGCUAAUGCAAUGUCAGGUGUAGGAUUCUAUGAGGAUAUUCAAGAUCUGGACGCCUGCAAAGAUUUGUUUCAAGAGUUAUUGGAAGAAUACAAUGAGAGACUUGUCCCAAUGAACUUAGUUUUAUUUAAUGACGCUUUAGAACAUUUGACUCGAAUCCACCGCAUAAUUCGCAUGGAUCAAGGCCAUGGUCUGUUGGUUGGUGUUGGAGGCAGUGGUAAACAGAGUCUGUGUCGCCUUGCUAGUUUUGCUGCUGAGUGCCAAAUCUUUAAGAUAACACUCUCUCGUGGAUACAAUGAGACUAGCUUCCGAGAAGAUUUGAAAAUCUUGUACAACAAAUUAGGAAUGGACAAUCAGAAGAUGGUAUUCCUGUUUGCUGAUCAAGAUGUUGCUGAAGAAGGAUUCUUGGAAUUGGUGAACAAUAUGUUAACAACCGGCAUGGUACCAGCUUUGUAUACAGAUGAAGAGAAAGAUGGAAUUAUAUCACAGGUCCGUGCUGAAGCUAUGGCUUUAGGACUCUCUCCAGCACGAGAAACUAUAUGGCAAUUUUUUAUCAGCAAAUGUUCUGAUAAUCUACACAUUGUAAUGUCAAUGUCCCCAAUAGGGGACACUUUGAGAACACGCUGUAGAAAUUUUCCUGGUAUUGUGAACAAUGCCAACAUUGAUUGGUAUUUUCCUUGGCCCCGUGAAGCAUUGUCAUCUGUAGCUAGCGUGUUCAUAGCUGCUGAUAAUAAAUUAAUACCAUCUGAACACCGUAUGAAUAUCAUUGAACAUUUUGUGAUGGUACAUAAAAUUGUCGGAGAAUUUAGUCAGCAAUUCAUUUUGCGUUUGCGUCGUAACAAUUAUGUUACCCCUAAAAACUAUUUGGACUUUAUCUCAACUUAUCUGAAACUAUUAAAGGAAAAGGACCAGUUUAUUAAGGGUCAGUGUGAACGUCUGGCAGGAGGUUUACUGAAAAUUAAAGAAGCCAGGGAACAACUUGAUGUUUUAAAUAAAAAACUUGUAGUUCAGAAAAGUGCUGUGAAAGAAAAAACAGAUGCCUGUGAGAUUCUGUUACAAGAUAUUUCUGAACGGACAGCUAUAGCUAAUGAGAAGAAACAGAUGGCUGUGGCUAAAGCGAAGGAUAUUGAAGAACAGAGUGCUAUUAUUGCAAUUGAGAAGGGAGAGGCAGAAGAGGCAUUGAAUGAAGCCCUGCCAGCACUUGAGGCUGCCCGACUGGCUCUUGAUGAUUUAGAAAAAUCAGAUGUGACAGAAAUCAGAUCAUUUGCAAAACCACCCAAAGCAGUCCAAGAUGUAUGCGAAUGCAUUGUAAUUAUUAAGGGCAUUCGUGAAGUGAGCUGGAAAUCAGGGGGUAUGAUGGCAGAAGCGAAUUUCCUACGUCAGCUGACUGAAAUGGAUGUAAAUUCCAUCUCUUCAGCAGCUCAAAAACAAGUAAAAGCCAGAUUAAAAGUGUUAGACAUAUCCCUCGAUGAUAUGAAGCAAGUUAGCAAAGCUGGUGCUGGACUGUUGAAGUUUGUAGAAGCUGUAAUGGGUUAUUGUGAAGUAGCAAAAGAAAUUAAACCCAAACGAGAAAAGUUGGCUCGGCUUGAAAAAACUUUCCAUCAAGCUGAGAAAGAUUUAGAAAAGAUCAAUCGAGAAGUAGCAGCGCUUGAAGAAAAAUUGAAUGAGUUAGCCAAAAAUUAUGAACAUGCUAUAUAUGAGCGACAAAAAUUGCAGGAAGAGGCUGAUUUGAUGGAAAGGCGUCUUAUUGCUGCGGACAAACUGAUAUCAGGUCUUAGUUCUGAAAAUGAAAGGUGGGUAAAGGAUUUGGAGCUGCUAAAGGAGAAAGGUAUUCGUCUUUUGGGAGAUUGCUUGCUGGCAGCUGGAUUUCUCAGCUAUGUAGGUGCCUUCAGCUGGGAAUAUCGCAGCGAAUUGGUUUAUAAGGAGUGGCUGAAUGAUUUGACCAGAAGAAAUGUUCCACUCAGUACUCCAUACAGACUUGAAGAUAUUCUUACAACUGAUGUGGAAAUUAGUCGUUGGACAUCAGAAGGCCUUCCACCAGAUGAACUAUCCAUUCAGAAUGGUAUAUUAACAACACGGUCAAGUCGUUUCCCAUUAUGUAUUGACCCACAGCAGCAGGCCCUUAAUUGGAUCAAGAAAAAGGAAGAAGGGAAAAACCUCAAAGUGUGCACUUUCAAUGAUUCAGAUUUCCUGAAGCAGUUAGAAAUGGCUAUCAAAUAUGGUUUUCCUUUCCUUUUCCAAGACGUUGAUGAAUAUAUUGACCCUGUCAUUAAUAAUGUGCUUGAGAAAAACAUCAAAGGAGACCAAGGUCGAGAAUUUAUUGUACUUGGUGAUAAAGAGGUUGAUUAUGAUGCAAACUUCCGCUUAUAUUUGAACACUAAAUUGGCAAACCCUAAAUACUCACCAGAUGUGUUUAGCAAAUCAAUGGUUAUCAACUAUACUGUUACUUUGAAGGGGUUGGAAGAUCAGUUGUUAAGUGUGAUUGUCAAAUUUGAAAGGAAAGAACUGGAAGAGCAGAGAGAAAGACUUAUUCAAGUAACAAGUGAAAACAAACGAUUACUGAAAGAUCUGGAAGAUUCCUUGCUAAGAGAAUUGGCAACAUCUCAAGGCAACAUGUUGGACAAUGUUGAACUGGUGUCUACAUUAGAGGAAACGAAAACUAAAGCAACAGAGGUUAUUGAGAAACUUGCUUUAGGAGAGAAGACAGCAAAAGAUAUUGAUAAACUACGGGAUGGUUAUCGGCCAGCGGCAAAACGUGGUGCUGUCUUAUUUUUUGUCCUGGCUGAAAUGUCUGUGAUAGACAACAUGUACCAGUACUCCCUGUCAGCUUACUUACAUGUAUUCAGACAUUCACUGAAAAAGUCCAUGCCUGAUGCUGUUCUGAUAAAACGUCUGAACAACAUUAUGAACACAUUAACACAGAAUAUCUAUGACUAUGGAUGUACAGGAAUCUUUGAGAAGCACAAGUUACUCUUUGCCUUCCAAAUUACUGUCAAACUGGAACAGGAUCAAUCAAAAAUCCGUCAAGAAGAGUUAGAAUUUUUUCUUAAAGGAAACAUUGCUUUGGAGAAAAGUGCCAGAAAGAAACCUUUUCCAUGGAUCAUUGAUGAAGGAUGGGAAGAUUGUGUUCAACUUUCUGAAGAAUUUCCAGAAAAAUUUGGGGAGCUUCUUGAUAGUAUUGAGAAUGAAGAGACAGUUUGGCAAUCUUGGUUUGACCAUGAUUCUCCUGAGUCAAUUUCAUUUCCAGCACCUUAUGAUCAUUCACUGGGUCCUUUUCAAAAAUUAAUGUUGUUACGAUGUUUCCGAGUUGAUCGAAUCUACCGUGCCAUUACACUAUAUGUUACUGAGGUAAUGGGAGAGAAAUAUGUCACACCACCCAUUCUCAGUUUUGAUUCUAUUUAUGAACAAAAUUCUCCAAUGUCACCAGUGGUAUUUAUCCUGAGUCCAGGUUCUGAUCCAGCCAGUGAUCUGAUGAAACUUGCUGAAAGAAUAGAAUUUGCAAGCAACAAGAUCAAAUUUUUGUCAAUGGGACAAGGCCAGGAGAAAAUUGCUCUUCAAUAUUUAGAGACUGCUAUUGCUCGAGGUCAAUGGCUUAUGCUGCAGAAUUGCCACCUUCUGGUGCAUUGGCUACUCAAAUUAGAAAAACAACUUGAAAAACUGACUAAACCUCAUCCUGAUUUCCGUUUGUGGUUAACAACUGAACCCAUAGGAAGUUUCCCUAUUGGAAUAUUACAGAGAACAUUCCAGGUUGUAACAGAACCACCAAAUGGUCUAAAACUAAAUCUUCGAGGAACUUAUCACAAAAUACCAACAAUUGCACUAACUGAAUGCCUUCACCCAGCAUUCACUUCUCUUGUUUUUGUUUUGGCCUUCUUCCAUGCUGUGGUCCAAGAACGGCGUAAGUAUGGCAAAGUUGGCUGGAAUGUGCCAUAUGACUUCAAUGAAUCAGACUUCCGAGUAUGUAUGCAGAUUCUGAAUACCUAUUUGACUAAAUCCUUAGAGCAGGGUGAUCCCAAGAUACCAUGGAACAGUCUCAAGUAUUUGAUUGGAGAGGUGAUGUAUGGUGGGAGAGCUAUUGAUAAUUUUGACCGAAGGAUUCUGAAUAUUUAUAUGGAUGAAUAUAUGGGUGAUUUCAUUUUUGACACGUUCCAACCAUUCCAUUUUUUUCGUAACCAAGAAGUGGAUUAUUGCAUUCCAGAACCAGGACCUAAAGACAAUUAUGUUGAUUACAUUGAAUCCUUGCCCUUGAUCAACACUCCCGAGGUCUUUGGUCUUCAUCCCAAUGCUGAGAUAGGUUAUUAUACCCAAGCUGCUCGGGAUAUGUGGUUACAUCUGAUAGAGCUUCAGCCUCAGACAAGUGAAACAGGGUCAGGAAUAAGUCGGGAGCAAUUCAUUGGCAAAAUAGCGACUGAAAUUCUGAAUAAGAUGCCUGCUGAGUUUGAUAAUGACAAGAUUAAGAAAAAGUUUGGUUUGAAUAUAACCCCAACAACUGUAGUUUUGUUGCAGGAACUUGAAAGAUUCAAUCUACUUAUUAGACGCAUUAAGAGAUCUUUAACAAUGUUGAUCCGAGCAUUGAAUGGGGAAGUUGGAAUGAGCAGUGAACUAGAUGAUGUUGCUAGAUGUCUGUUUAAUGGAGCUAUUCCAAGUAUUUGGCGAAGACUGGCCCCACCUACUUUGAAAACACUUGGAAAUUGGAUGGCUCACUUUGAAAAACGAUACAGACAAUACAAUGGUUGGGUAAAUGAUGGUGAACCACAUGCAAUGUGGUUGUCUGGCUUGCAUAUUCCAGAAUCCUAUCUAACAGCAUUGGUACAAGCAACUUGCCGGAAGAAUGGAUGGCCACUGGACAAAUCAACAUUGUUUACAUCAGUAACUCAGUAUCCAACUAUAGAUGAUCUUACAGACAGAUCACACAUAGGUUGUUAUGUGUAUGGACUUUAUCUAGAAGGCGCAGGCUGGGAUCUAGAGAAAGGAUGCCUUAUUCGUCAAAAGCCUAAACAAUUGGUUCAAGAAUUACCUCUUUUGAAGAUUAUUCCUAUUGAAAGUCACAAGUUAAAAUUACAGAACACUAUCAGGACGCCUGUAUAUGUUACGUCUCAACGUCGUAAUGCCAUGGGUGUUGGCCUUGUAUUUGAGGCAGAUCUGGCUACAACAGAACAUAUCAGCCAUUGGGUAUUACAAGGUGUAUGUCUCAUACUAAACACUGACUGAAUUACAUUACAUAUCUUAAACAAACAUGUACAUGUAAGAGAGCUACCACAUAUACAUGAAUUCUUUCACAAACACACACUCAUAUUACAUUACAUUUAUUUUCCCAUUUACAUAUAUAC